AGCCGCGCCGGGACCCUUGCCGGGAAAGUGAAAGCUUCUUGGAGGAGAGGCGGGGUGAAGCGGCUCACCCGCGUCACCGACCCGGUGGAGUGACCUGGGGCAGGCGGGCAUCCCCGAACCGAACUGCAUCAGCCCUGUGGCCCCUGCCCGCCUGCCCCGCCUCGCUCUGCAGCCUAAGUUUUCUUUCGCUUUCUUCGGACAUUCCAGACCUCCCCCUCGAAGAAGGCUCUGGGCCCGGCGUGGGAGAAGGGGCUCCGCCUCCAGGGGUUUCCCCGCCGCGGGAGGCGGGCAGGGGCGCGGGGGCCGCAGUACUGGCCGCGCUGUCUGUUCCAGACGGCGCAGCGCCGGGACGGAGGCACCGCCACCUCGCGCCUCCUCUUCGGCCGAGACUCGGCGCCUGCGGCCACCGUCUCCCCCAGCAUCUCCAGCGGAGCAGGGAGCGAAGCGAAAGCCCAAGAGAAAUCAGCUGGACGUCCUGCUCCGGAGCCUGUCUGGGAGUCAGACAGGGAAAGGCGGCCCCGAGAUGAGGCGAAGCUGGGGACCCCUGCCCCUCGAGCUCCUACUUCUGCUCGUCUUGCUGACUCUGCGAGGCGAUGGCAACGAGGGCAGCGUCGCUGGAAGUUGUCGCUGUGAUAAAGUAUUUUCUUCCAACUCCCCUCCACCGGUUCAGUUCAUGGAACAUUUCCGGAAGCAAGUGCGAUUCUAUCAACGCUGUCCUUCCUACGUCAGGUUCCACCUACGUUUGCGGAGUGUGUGCGGGGGCAGCAAAGACCAGUGGGUUCGUGAACUGAUGAGCUGUUUUGAUCGCAAAGAUUGUGGAUAUGGUAACCUUGGGAGUGUGGCCCGCCAGGAGCAUUUACCUCCCCCCAGCACCCAGGUUCCUGGGCCUACAGAAAGGGCACCUUCAGACAUGGUCACCCCUGCCCAGACGUACCUGCCGUCCACCCAGCAGCCCACCCAGCAGCCCACCCGUCCCACAGGAGCACUGUCCUUGGACAAAAAGCUCACUCACACCAGCGAAACCACCACUUCCACUUCGGGCCACAGUCUGGUGUCUGGGCCUGUGGCUGGGGAGAACCAGAAGCAGCUGAAGGAAAAUGUGGGUUCUGCGACUGGGACGUCAGUCACAGUGGCAGUGCCAUCCCUCUUGGCCAUCGUCUUCUGCCUCACCGGAGUCCUCCUCUAUGUGCUGUGUAAGAGGCGGAGGGAGCAGUCACUGCAGUGCUCUCCAGAUUUGCAACUUCAUUAUACACCUGUGGCACCAGACUCCGAGGCUUGAGCUAAGAAUGGAAGCUUGUGAGGGAAGAAAUGGUGAUUUAUUCAGUACCACAUGCUUUUAAUACACUAUGAAGUCUCUGGCACAUGGUAGGCACUCUGU